CAAUAAAGUAAUGGCACUGCCCAUUCCCAUCAUCCAUCUCGCAAUGAGAGGUUAAAGUUCAUUCCAAGCUGUGGAUCAAAACUUUGUUGUUUACUAAUUUGUUGUAUUAAGACAUUCACAGCUAUAUUUUGUCAAUAAUGAAGGAAGUGCCCAUGUCUACAUGUGAGCGGGAAUUUAUCCUGAAAGCGAUACGAGACAGGAAGCGGAUAGAUGGACGACAAACAUACGACUACCGCAGACUGAAGGUGUCAUUUGGUAUGGAGCGUGGCUGUUGUAUUGUUGACCUAGGAGACACAAAGGUUCUGGCCCAGGUUUCAGGUAAGAUAGAAGAACCCAAAAAGAACAGACCAACAGAAGGGUCCAUUAUUAUCAACCUGGAGCUGUCACCGAUGGCCUCACCUGCAUUUGAACCAGGAAGACCCACAGAGUCUGGUAUUGAGAUGAACAGGAUACUGGAGAGGAACAUCAGAGACUCCAGAGCUGUGGAUACAGAGUCACUCUGCAUUGUAGCUGGGGAAAAGGUGUGGUCCAUUAGAGCAGAUGUCCAUGUGUUGAAUGAUGAAGGAAAUAUCAUGGAUGCAGCCAGCAUCGCAGCCAUAACAGCUCUGAGUCACUUCAGGAGACCGGAUGUGUCUGUGAUGGGAGAAGAAGUUACAGUUCAUUCACCAGAAGACAGAGAUCCUGUACCCCUCAGUGUUCAUCACAUGCCAGUCUGUGUCACAUUUGCUUUCUUUGAUCAAGGGGAGUUUUUACUGGUUGACCCUAACCGUUCAGAGGAGCGUGUAAUGGAUGGGAGGAUGGUGGUGGGGAUGAACAUGCACCGAGAGAUCUGUACCCUCAUGAUGAGCGGGGGCAUGCUACUGGUCAAGGAACAGGUUUUAAGAUGUUCCCAGAUUGCCACAGUCAAAGUGGCAGAAAUCAUAGAGCUGAUUCAGAGGGCACUGGACAAGGAUGCCCAGGCAAGGCAAGCUGGAGAGAAGUGUGGUUUUGCAGAAUCAGUCCCUACCAACAAAAUAACCACCAACAGAAAGGAAGCCACUGCAAUAGACACAACAGCAGCAGCACAGCAGGCCAGUCAGGUCAUACAGGAGGCUGGGCCAGUGGACAAACCGAUGUCCAAUAUGCUUGUACAGGCACCUGGAACAGUACAGAUAGGUGAAGGACUAGUGAACACCUGGGAUGUAGAUGAUGAAGACAUGGAGUCAGAGGAAAAAGAGGGGAGAGAAAAGAGUGUAACCAAUGGGAGAGAAGCUGUGGCUACUUCCAAACCAACUGAGAGGAAAAGACCUGUUAAAGCUGGUGAGGGUACUGUGUCCCAUGCAGAGGGCAGCGAUAGUGAGGAAGAAGAAACAGUAAUGCUGUUCCAGGGAGAUGAUGAAACAAAGUCUACAGAAGAGCCUGACUCCACUGCACUCAUGCAACCUUCCAACAGUGAUAAACCAGCCAAGAAGAAGGGCAAGAAAAAGAAAGCUGCACAGAAAUAAUUCAUUAAGAAUUUUAUGGAUACUGAAUAGAACAGACAUUUGUCUCGUAGGCAAACUGCAAUAUGCAGGUCUCAGAUUAAAAGUAUUUUUUACUUUUGGUAUGCCAUGUUUCUAACUGUUAGCAGUAUGUGAUGUGUGUCAUUCAUUCUCACUUGACAUGGCAAAUCCAUCAUUAAAACAUCAAUAUCA